AUGUCCACAGCUGCGGUUAAGGAAGCGGUCAAGGAGACCCUCAUCGGCUCCGAUGAGCACGCCGCCGCCGGCCAGGUGCAGCCUACUGCUCAGACCAAGGCGCGUUUCACUCGCUACGCCGUCCAAGAUUCCGAGACGGGGGAGCUCUUUUUGGGACCUGAUCAAUUCAUCGAUGCCGUGGCCCCGCCUCAUGAGGAUUACCAUAAGAUCCAGCGCGAGCAAUACAGCAUCCUAUUCAGCGUCGCCGACCGAGCGAACAAGGGCAAGGUGACCCUCUCCGACUGGACAUAUUUCGAAAACUUGCUUGAAAAGCCCGAUGCCGAGUACGAGAUUGCCUUCCGCCUGUUCGACGUCGAGCGUCUCGGUACCGUCAAGUAUGAAGACUUCCGUCGUCUUUAUGAGCUCAACAAGGGGCCCGAUAGCAUCCCGUUCGACUGGGAUUGCGAAUGGGCCAAACUGUAUAUCGGUAGCAAGACUAAGAGGCACAACCUGGACUACCAGCAAUUCUCCCAGAUGCUUCGUGGCCUCCAGGGCGAGCGCAUCCGCCAGGCUUUCCAGUUGUUCGACAAGGAUGGCGAUGGCUUCAUCGAACCCGAGGACUUCGAGCGCAUCAUUAUGGAGACCUCAAAGCAUAAGCUCUCCGACCACCUCCUCGAAAACUUGAACACUCUGUGCAACAUCUCGCAGGGCAGCAAGGUCUCGUAUGCGAAUGUCAGGGCCUUCCAGAACAUGAUUAAGGAAAUGGAUCUGGUUGAGCUCAUUAUCCGUAAGGCUUGCGAGAAGAGCCAGGACGGCAAGAUCACUCGUACCGAGUUCCUCAACCAGGCGGCCAAGAUUACCCGCUUCUCCCUCUUCACCCCAAUGGAAGCGGACAUUCUGUUCCACUUCGCGAGUGUUGGAAACCCCUCCGGCCGACUUGGUCUCGAAGAUUUCGCCAAGGUUCUUGACCCUACCUGGAGGAACCGCCAUGUCGCCGAGGCCAGACUUCUGCCCAAGAUUGCCCAGACAAAGGGCCAGCAGUUUGCCCACCAGGCGGGCGAGUCGGCUUACAACUUUAUCCUCGGCAGUUUAUCUGGCGCCUUCGGUGCCUUUAUGGUCUAUCCCAUUGAUCUGGUCAAGACAAGAAUGCAGAACCAGAGAGGCGCUUCGCCCGGAAGCAGACUCUACGACAACUCCAUCGAUUGUUUUAGAAAAGUCAUUCGCAACGAGGGCUUCAGGGGUCUUUACUCGGGUGUCCUUCCUCAGCUUGUUGGUGUCGCGCCCGAGAAGGCUAUCAAGCUGACUGUCAACGACCUUGUUCGUGGUGCAUUCACUGAUAAGCAGGGCGACAUCAAAUUGAUGCACGAGAUCAUUGCUGGUGGUACCGCUGGUGGCUGCCAAGUCGUCUUCACCAACCCUCUGGAGAUUGUCAAGAUUAGACUGCAGGUCCAGGGCGAAGUUGCUAAGAGCGUUGAGGGGGCUCCUAAGCGCUCCGCCAUGUGGAUUGUCCGUAACUUGGGCCUAGUCGGACUGUACAAGGGCGCCUCUGCUUGCCUCCUCCGCGAUGUCCCAUUCUCGGCCAUUUACUUCCCCACUUACUCCCACCUCAAGAAGGAUCUCUUUGGCGAGUCACAGACCAAGAAGCUCGGCGUUCUCCAGCUUCUCACGGCCGGUGCCAUUGCCGGUAUGCCCGCUGCUUAUCUUACGACACCCUGCGACGUCAUCAAGACUCGUUUGCAGGUCGAGGCCCGUAAGGGUGACACGCAGUAUACUGGUCUCAGGCACGCCGCUAAGACUAUCUGGAGGGAGGAAGGCUUCAAGGCCUUCUUCAAGGGCGGCCCUGCCCGUAUUCUCCGUUCCUCGCCGCAGUUCGGUUUCACCCUUGCCGCUUACGAGCUUCUCCAGGGUGUCCUGCCUUAUCCUGGACAGAAGGCCGAGAGGAUGCACCAGGGCGUUGCUGACGCUGUCUCCUUGGUGCAGGACAGCGUGGCUGGUGACAGCCCGUACACGAGGUCCCGCAACGCUCUCAAGAUCCUCCUGGAUCUUGAUGAGCAUUUUGGUCGCGUUAAACUUGAUGCUAAUGCGGCUGGUUGGAAGGCUCUGCCCACAUGGAUGCAGAACCCUCCCAAGACCGCGUAA